UUCAUAAAUGCACCAACUAGCACGCUGUAGCAAAGCGAGAAACACAUUUCAACCCAAAAUGAUCAUCACAAGAGCUGCCGUUCUUCGCAGCAAGUUAUCCAGAAAAUCAAGGGCGUUCGCGGCAGAUUGAUCCGCAGCCUCUUCCGAAAGAAGAUGAACAGUGAACCGUACAGAUGCAGAUACACAUGGACGGUGGCGGAAGGGCUGGAAGAGAAGCAAAUAAGCGUACAAGUGGGCGAAUCGGCCACACCGGAUUUGAUUCCACUGGAUGAGCUGCUGGAUCUUGAAUCGUGUCUAGUACUCACCGACACUGAUGAUCGGAACGAGGCGUGCGAGAUGCAGCUGUCCUUCAUUCCGCUCUAUCUUCCGCGAGCCGUUUCGCUCGUGGUCGAGUGUCCCGUGAUAGAGUGUUACUACGGUCGGCUGAAUGAGUAUCUUCGGACGGUGCACGGUGAGCUGGUGUAUACGCUGGGGGACGUGAAGGUGUUCCGUUUCGAUCUUCGUCUAGCGAACGACGAUAUCGACGAAUUGCAGCUCAAAUUCAUCACCCAAACGACGGUGCAUAAGCCUCUCUGCUUGUACGGGACACGGCUCUAUCUGGCCCGGAACCCGAACCCAUUGCGCACGGUAAUGGCAGCGGCCAGUAGUGGUCGCAUCAAUGUAGCAAAGGUCCAACAGCGGUUACAGAACACCGACCUUUCGUCUAGAGCGGAAAGCUGUAAACGGUUGGUACUGGGCUCGUUAGCUUCGUCCGGAGCACAGAAUGCGGCCAACAAUAACCCAUCUCCUUCGCCGAGUGCCGCGCCACCGGAAAUUGGAACGAAACGUGACGAAGUAGAUAGCACACUGUUGAAUCUCUUUAGUAGAAUGCAAACCGUGCCAUCCUCCGAAGGUACAGUCACUGGAUCUGCUAUAGCGAUGAUGGAAGCACUCAUGAAGCAGUACAUAGACGCUAAAUUUGCAGAAAUGGAACGAUUGUUUGAGAGUAAAAUGAACGCCAUGGAACGGCGCCAAAGUGACAAGCUUGAUCAAAUCCUUAUCCUACUGCAGCAGAGACUGUGUCCUGAACAAUCCUCCCCUUCCCCAGUGAUAUUGUCCCCAGAAUGACAACGACGCGAUAGAUUUCCGGGAA